AUGCGCUCGUUUCUCGCCUCUUCGAUUCUGUUCGGGCAGCUGCUCUUGACCCUGCCUUUCGCUACCGCUAUUACAGUCAACCCCGAUGACCCCAAUUCGUUGAAAUCAGCUGCCUCGGUUGCCGCCGCAAGUGCCGUGAAUUAUUACAAUAACCGUGAAAGCAAACUCAUCCCUGGAAAGUUCGAUGGUACUUGGUGGGAAGGUGGCGCCUUUUUCACUUUUCUCAUCAACUAUUGGCACUGGACCGGUGACGAUCAGUAUAAUGCCUUGGUUGCAGAAGGGCUCUCUUGGCAAGGAGGAGAAGCCAAUGACUUCUUUCCAUCGAAUUAUAGUAGUUACUUGGGUAACGACGAUCAAGAAUUUUGGGCACUGGCGGCCCUCACCGCGAUCGAACAGAGGUUUCCCGAUAAUCCAGGACACCCCUCUUGGUUAUCGCUGGCACAGGGUGCGUUCAAUGACUUCGUAGCCCGCUGGGAAGUGGACAAGUCAUCCUGCGGCGGUGGGUUGCGCUGGCAGCUUUAUCCCACUUUGGCCGGAUACGAUAGUAAGAACGCCAUCUCGAACGGUGGAUUCUUUCAAAUCGCAGCGCGCUUGGCUCGAUACACUAAUAACAAUACGUACGCUACUUGGGCGGAGAUAGUCUGGGAUUGGAGCAGCACUGUGCCUCUUUUCGAUAAUUCCACUUGGAAAAUAUACGAUAUGACUCGUAUUUCCAAAGAUUGUAAGGAUCAGGAUCUCAUGCAAUGGUCAUAUAACUAUGGUGCUUAUAUCACUGGCGCGGCCUACAUGUACAACUAUACGAACGGCGCCACGAAAUGGAAACAGGGUAUUGAUGGUCUUCUGAACACGACCUUCAGUCAAUUUUUCCCAGCAGAGUACGGCGGAAACAUUUUAUCCGAGGCGGCCUGCGAUCCUAUUUUGACUUGCAACCGUGACCAAGUCUGUUUCAAGGGUCUUAUGGCGAACUGGCUAUCGACUAUCGCACUCAUUGCGCCCUAUACCUACGCAUCCAUUCUCCCUAAGCUACAAGCGUCUGCCGUCGGUGCUGGUAAGCAGUGUAGCGGACCAAACUCGGCUUGUGGAAUGCAGUGGUUUAGUGCGACAUAUGACGGCACUAGUGCAAUCGAGCAGGAAAUGUCCGCUAUGAGCAUAUUCGCCAAUGCACUUGUCGCUUUCUCCAGCUCUUCCAGCGGCGCUUCUUAUUCGGCUCCAGAACGUCCUGCUCCGGUCACUGCUGACACCGGCGGUAACAGUACCAGUGAUCCGACAGGUGGUCAAAGCAACACGGGAUAUCAGCCUCCAAAGCUGAAGGACAUCACCGGUGGUGACCGUGCUGGUGCAGCUAUUUUAACAUUGGUAUUUGCAAGUGCAUGGAUCGGCAUGAUGGUCUGGCUUGUCAUGGGCGGGGCUGAUUAG